AAUUUAAUUUUCAUUUCUUUGGGCCAACUUGAGCGGGGGAAAAAAAGAAAAAGAAAAAAUAAUUAUAAAAAAAUCUCCCGAAAAAAAACAAAUUUCCUCAGGUUCUCAAGGGCUUUUUGACAAAUGGGUCAUUGUGCGCUCUGAUUGAUGUUCGUCUCAGAUUCAAAAAUUUCUUUACAAAGGCAUAAAUAACUUGGAGCUAUUACCUCUGGCUUAAGGCAUGAAAGAGCUUUAAGCUGCAAAUUGUGGGUUUUGGUUGUAGUUUCAUCAUAUUCAUAAUACCUAGGUGAGGAAGAAACACAUUAACGUCUGAAGUUAUGGAGUGCAACAAAGAUGAGGCAUUUAGGGCAAAAGAAAUUGCUGAAAGGAAAGUUAGAGAGAAGGAUUUUGCUGGAGCUAAAAAGUUUGCUAUGAAGGCUCAAAAUUUGUAUCCUGGCCUUGAUGGUAUCACCCAGAUGUUGACAAUACUUGAUGUUUAUAUUUCUGCCGAGAAUAAAGCAAGUGGGGAAGCAGAUUGGUAUGGUGUGCUUGGUGUGACCGCAUAUGCUGAUGAUGAGGUGGUGAGAAAACAAUACAGGAAGCUGGCUCUGAUGCUUCACCCUGAUAAAAACAAGCUUGUAGGCGCAGAUGGUGCUUUUAAGCUUGUUUCAGAGGCCUGGAGCUUGUUAUCAGAUCAGGCUAAGAGAUUAGCAUAUAACCAGAGGAUAAAUUUGAGAGGAACACAACAAAAGUUUCAUACUCAAAGUGAUGUUUCAUCAAUGCCACCUGGAACAAAUGGCUCUCACAGUUCUAGUUCUAACAUAAAGUCAAAUGCUAGGACUCAAAACGGUAACAACCGGGUAGGUCAAGCCUCAUUUGCUCCUCCUCCUAAUAAAAAGCCUGAAACCUUUUGGACUGUUUGCAAUAGAUGCAAGACACAGUAUGAAUACCUCAGGGUUUACUUGAAUCACACACUUCUAUGCCCUAAUUGUCAUGUGGCCUUUUUGGCUUUAGAAAAGGCCCCGCCUCAAAAUGUUUACCAGUCAACAAAUUGGUCUAGCCAGCAGCAGCGGGCUUCUGGGCAUCAUGAUGCAAAUAACAAUAAUCCAUUUAAUUAUGGAACAAAUUCUUCUAGAUCUCAAAUUUCAGAACAUGAUAGAUUGGCUCAAGAGAAAGUGAAAAGGGAACGUGAAGAAGCUCUUAAAGCAGAGAGACUCCCGAAAAAGAGAAAAGAUGACAUUUAUGUUAAUGGUUAUGCAGGUAAACUGGCAACUCAAAUGCCCAUGGGAAAUGGACCUUGCUUGGGGAGUACAUCUGAAUCUAGGGGUCUUUUCGGAAUUGGAAACACCUAUGGGUAUUCUGGUAGCUAUCAGAAGCACAUCAGUCAGAGGGAAUUGUCAUUACCUGAAAUUCGUAACAUGCUGAUGGAUAAGGCCCUGCGUGUCAUUCGUAAAAAGCUUAAAGACUUGAGCUCUGUAACUGAAGCUAAAAAUGGUGACAAAGUUAAAGGGAAGGCCAGAGAGAAAGAAAAUAGGAAACAAAGGAGCAUGGCAAAUGGAGAUGGAUGUGAUACCAAUAAAGAUCAUCAGGGCAAGCAGCCUGUGCCUGCCUCUUCUCCUGGUGAAUCUGGUAGAGGGACUGCACCAUUGUCUAUAAAUGUUCCUGAUCCCGAUUUUCAUAAUUUUGACUUGGAUCGAGGUGAAAGUUCUUUUGAAGAUGACCAGGUCUGGGCUGCUUAUGAUGCUGAUGAUGGGAUGCCCCGUUUCUAUGCUCGAGUUCACAAGGUGAUCUCCUUGAAGCCUUUUAAGAUGAAAAUCAGUUGGCUCAAUUCUAGGAGCAACAGUGAAUUUGGUGAGCUGGACUGGGUAGGCUCUGGUUUCUCCAAAACUUGCGGGGAGUUCAGAAGUGGCAGACAUGAAAUCAGUGAAACGUUAAAUUCUUUCUCCCACAAGGUUCAGUGGACUAAAGGCUUGCGUGGGGUAAUUAGAAUAUAUCCUAGGAAGGGGGAUGUCUGGGCUCUUUACAGGAACUGGUCUCCUGACUGGAAUGAACAUACACCAGAUGAUGUGAUACACAAAUAUGACAUGGUGGAAGUGCUUGAUGAUUAUAAUGAGGAAGGAGGAGUUUCUUUGGUCCUUCUAACUAAGGUUGCCGGUUUUAGGACAGUUUUCUGUAAGCAAAUGGACCCCAAGGAAGUGAGGAGGAUUCCAAAAGAAGAGAUGUUUCGCUUUUCCCAUCAGGUGCCUAAUUACUUGCUUACGGGCCAAGAAGCUGAUAACGCUCCAGCAGGAUGUCGUGAGCUAGACCCUGCAGCUACCCCUUUGGAUCUACUUCAGGUAAUUAAUGAAGCCGAUAAAGCACCCGUGGAAGAUAAUUUAAGCAAAACUAAGGAAGAGAUGUUAAAAGAGCCAUGAAGGAUAGUUUGUAGAGUAUAGCAAACAAGCUAAGGAUGAUUAUUAACCAACGGUUCCUGCCAAGAGAAACCAUAGGAUGCUAAAAGAUAAGGAAUAUAGAAUUUGGAGACUGCUGACUACACCAGGUUAGUGGGUUUUGAAAUUUCAAGCUUGAUCCAAACUUAGGAAUUGCAUUGUUUUUUUCUUUGUGCCAUAGUCGGAUCCGAUUGCAAUCCAUUAUUUUCCCCCCUUCUUUGAUAUUAAAGCUUCAUUUGAAAACUCAUGGUAUGACUAUACUCAAAAUUUAAUAGAAAUUGCUGCUUGUACUGUAUUCCUGAUGAUUGCUUCAGUGUUGUGUCACAUUGCCCGUCUGUUAAUGUUAAUGUUUAUGGUAAUGAAAUGUUGAUUCUGUUGUGAAA